AUGGUUGCGAUUUACUUAUGCCGUUGUAUCGUCCUCUCGCCGCCCUCCUAUCCCAUCUCGUUUGCCCUCCCGUUCCAAUUGACCUUGCGCCGUCCGUCCCGUCGCCGCCCUGUCGCCCUUCGCCUCGCGAUCGUGUCGUCCGUUCCGUCGCCCGUCGCGUCGCCUCCCUGUCGUCCAUUCCGUCGCCCUCCCGCCGGCAUCAUGCCAUCAGUUUUCUCGAUCGCUCUCUCCCCUCUCUCGUCGCCCUUCCUCUCUCGUCGCGCUUCCUCUCCCGUCGCCCUUCCUCUCCCGUCGCCCGUCUUCUCUCCCGUCGCCCUUCCUCGCUCCCGUCGCCCUUCCUCUCUCCCGUCGCCCUUCUCUUCUCCCGUCGCCCUUCCUCUCCCGUCGCCCUUCCUCGCUCUCGUCGCCCUUCCUCACUCCCGUCGCCAUUCCUCUCUCAUCGCCCUUCCUCUCCCGUCGCCCUCCCUCUCUUCCGUCGCCCUUCCUCUCCCGUCGCCCUUCCUCUUCCGUCACCCUUCUUCUCUCCCCUCCCGCUCCGUCGUACUUCCUCUCUCCCAUCCCAUUCCGUCGUUAUACCUCUCUCCCCUCCCAUACCGUCGUUCUUCCUCUCUCCCCUCCCAUACCGUCGUUCUUCCUCUCUCCCCUCCCAUUCCGUCGUCCUUCCUCUCUCCCCUCCCAUUCCGUCGUUCUUCCUCUCUCCCCUCCCAUUCCGUCGUUCUUCCUCUCUCCCCUCCCCUCCCGUCGUUCUUCCUCUCUCCCAUCCCAUUCCGUCCGCUCACGUUCUCCCCUCGCAUCUCCGUAGCGCUCACGUUCUCCCCUCGCAUCUCCCUAGCGCUCACGUUCUCCCCUCCCCUCGCCCUCGCGCUCACGUUCUCAUGUCUUCGCAUCGCCUUCGCGCUCAUGGUCUCCACUCCCAUGUCCCUGUCGCGCUCAGAAUCUCCCCUCCCUUCUCCCAAGUACCACACGUUAUCCCCUCCCCUCGCCAUCAUGCACAAGAAAAUCAAAACCGGUCGCCCUUCGCAGGAGCUUCUGAAUCUGGACUCCCUCCCUUCCUCCCUCCCUCCCCUCCCUCCCUCCCUCCCUCCCCUCCCUCCCUCCCUCCCUCCCUCCCUCCCUCCCUCCCCUCCCUCCCUCCCUCCCCUCCCUCCCUCCCUCCCUCCCUCCCUCCCUCCCUCCCUCCCUCCCUCCCUCCCUCCCUCCCUCCCUCCCCACCCUCCCUCCCUCCCUCCCUCCAGCCAAAGGGACAGCAACAGGAGCUGA